CUCUCAGUCAGAGCGCGAUUUCUUACAGAUUUCUCGAGGAGGAGGAGUUCCAAGUUGUUAUUCCGAACACAAGCUCUGUAAAAAAUCUUCUAUGAUCUCGAAGGAGAGUUGCCGCAACGAGCUUCGUGCGGCUAUCCGACAGCUCAGUGACCGUUGCCUUUACUCCGCCGCCAAAUGGGCAGGAGAGCAGCUUGUGGGAAUAGAGCAAGACCCAUCAAAUUUUACACCUUCAAACACGAGAUUCCAGAGAGGAAGCUCGAGCAUCCGAAGACGGUUCCGCACCAAUGACAUCACUUCAACGCCAUCGCCUUCUGUUGGUUUGCCUUAUGUGUCUACUCCUCUCAUGGAGGAAGAUGAAGUGGUGGAUGGUGACAUUUACUUAUUGGCAAAGUCCUACUUUGAUUGUCGAGAGUACAGAAGAGCUUCCCAUUUGCUUCGUGAUCAAAUGGGGAAGAAAUCGAUGUUCUUGCGUUGCUAUGCCCUUUACCUGAGCUCAAGUUCCUGGGUGCCAAAAGGCAAUCCUAUACCCACAUCUAAACUAGAGAACCAGAGUCUGAGACUAAUGACGAAUGCAACACAUGUGGGAAAGAGUGAUGCUGUAAACCACGAACUAGUUCCUCUGGAGAGGGAAUUAUCAGGCCUGAGGAAGAAUGGUUCGAUCGAUUCUUUCGGAUUAUAUCUGUAUGGUAUGGUGCUUAAAGAAAAAGGGAAUGAAGGUCUUGCACGUGCCAGUUUUGUGGAGUCUGUGAACAGCUAUCCCUGGAACUGGAGUGCAUGGUCAGAGCUGCAAUCUUUGUGUACUUCGAUCGAAAUCUUGAAUAGCCUUAAUCUAAACAAUCACUGGAUGAAAGACUUCUUUCUUGCGAAUGUUUAUCAAGAGCUCAGAAUGCACAGUGAGUCCUUGGCAAAGUACGACUAUCUGCAAGGUACUUUCAGUUUCAGCAAUUACAUCCAAGCUCAAAUUGCAAAAGCCCAUUAUAGUCUUAGGGAAUUUGACCAGGUUGAAAUCAUGUUCGAAGAGCUUAUGAGAAACGAUCCUCAUCGUGUUGAAGAUAUGGACUUGUAUUCUAAUGUUCUAUAUGCAAAAGAAGCCUGUGCUGCAUUGAGUUACCUUGCACACAAGGUGUUUUUGACAGAUAAGUACAGACCCGAGUCUUGCUGCAUCAUUGGUAACUAUUACAGUUUAAAGGGGCAGCAUGAAAAGGCAGUAAUGUACUUCCGGAGAGCACUCAAACUGAACAAGAAGUACUUAUCUGCUUGGACACUUAUGGGCCAUGAAUAUGUUGAGAUGAAAAAUACACCAGCCGCCAUUGAUGCUUAUCGACGUGCUGUUGAUAUCAACCCAUGUGAUUAUCGAGCUUGGUAUGGUUUAGGACAAGCGUAUGAGAUGAUGGGCAUGCCUUUCUACGCGCUUCAUUAUUUCCGGAAAUCUGUCUUCUUUCUGCCAAAUGAUUCUCGGUUGUGGAUUGCCAUGGCUAAGUGUUACCAAACCGAGCAGCUUAACCUGCUAGAGGAAGCAAUCAAGUGUUACAAAAGGGCUGUGAACUGUAAUGACACGGAAGGGAUUGCUCUUAACCAGCUGGCAAAGCUUCACCAGAAGCUUGGGCGUAAUGAAGAAGCUGCAUUUUACUUCACGAAGGAUGUGGAGAGAAUGGACGCUGAAGGAUUAGAAGGGCCAAAUAUGUUUGAGGCUCUGGUUUUUCUUGCUACACAUUUCAAAACUCAAAAGAAAUUCGAAGAAGCAGAGGUCUAUUGUACACGUCUUCUAGAUUACAGUGGCCCGGAAAAAGAAAAGGCAAAGAGCUUACUAAGAGGGAUCCGGAUGGCGCAAACCGGUUUCCCAUCAAUGGAUGUAGAGCAUUUUCCUUUAUGAUGUUUGGUUUCCCAAUACUCAUGAAAGCUCUUGAGGGGAAUGUCUUCGAGCAGGUAAGGGCUUUGGGAUGUGAAACUGCGGUUUAACAUUAAUGGUUUAUUGAUGUCUUAGUGACAGUGGAUACUUCUCUGUUUGUAAACUUGUCUACAUAUAAAAGUAGCACAUAACAACCUCACGAAAAUUCCCCUUCUUA